AUGGAGGAGGAUAUCAAGGCGGACCUCCAGGCGGGUCAGGCGGUCGAGGAGAUCCAGGGGACGGCCCCGGGUCUCCUGGCUCUGGCCCCGGCUAUGGAGGUGGUCCCCCUGGGCGUAACCCUCCUGGCUGGGGGGGAGGCUCUCCUGGAUAUCCGCAGCCUGGCCCUCCAGGCGGAGGACCACCAGGAUGGCCUCAAUCCAGCUUCCCGGUGCUACCACUCCCAGCGUAACGUCGACUUCUUCCUCAAUAUCAACGACCUCGCCGACCACAACCACGACAACAACGCCGACCACCACCAAAACGACGACGACGACGACUACGACGACGAUACCCACAACAACGCCCACCACCACCACCACCACCACCACCACAACAACAACAACAACAACAACAACUCCACCAACAACCCCUACCACCACCACCUACACAACCCCCACCACUCCAACACAACAACAACAACAACGACGACGACGACGACGACCACCACCACCACCACCACCACGACGAUUCCAAACUGCGCAGUUCCAACACUACAAAACGGUGGGUUCGAGUCGAGCGACACAAACAUCUCCCCAUGGGUCUAUAGCGGUUUCACCCCCGGCCUUGUUGAUACGGUUGAGCAAGCAGGCACCGGUAGCUUCACGCCACAUUCCGGCAGUAACUAUUUCCAAGUGACCAACACUGCUUCCUCGCCAUCGGAGGCACGUAUCGCGCAGUCCCCGGAAUUCUGCACUGGCGUCGAGUACAACAUCACACUCUGGGCUAUUGGAGAUUGCAACGGGGCCGGCGCAUGCGCCGGCUCCUCAGGUGUCCGCGUCCAGAUCGUCACCAACAUCGGCUUCAGCGAGGUCUUGUCGCUCUCUAAUACCGGACCGGACGACUGGCAGGAACUCCUGUACCAGUUCACUUGGACUGGGGGUGACGGCCUCUCUCCAGUCGACAUCAAUGUCUUCAUGGACGACGAGAACCAGUCGAUCGGCUUGGACGAUAUCGACAUCACGUUUUCUUGA